AUGGUCGCAUACUCUGCACAUUCCCCAUCGCUUCAUAAACCGAGCCCUUAUCGCGAGACUCGAAGAAUGGCGAGAUUCCGUGCAAGCAAUAUCCUCGGCGACCCGUUCGCGCUCGCCACCAUCUCCAUCUCGAUACUAGCAUGGGUCAUUACAAUCAUAUCUUCAAUCGUCUCCGCUAUUAACGUCCGGGGUUAUCCCACCUAUUCAUGGUGGGGAAUCGCCUAUUCAUUGUGCCUUAUUAUUGGAAUGACAUUCGUAUUUGGCACGGACACUGGCCUUGUCUACGGUGUGGCGAUUGUGGGAUAUCUUUCCGCGGGUAUGGUAAUUACGACACUUGGCGUGAAUUCGUUGGUAUAUCGCCCUGAUUCAGCGUCACAAGCUGCAGGUGCCGGUUUUAUCCUCAUGUCGAUGGUGAUAGUCAUCUGGAUGUUCUACUUCGGAUCGACGCCGCAAGCCUCACAUCGUGGGUUCAUUGAUUCUUUCGCUCUUCAAAAGGAGCACCCUGGAGCGUAUGCAAAUGGCAGGCCUAUGUCUACCGCGUUCGGAAAUCGACCAGAGACCACUUCCAGCCAAGCACCCCAAAUGUACACAUCGGCACAACUCAAUGGCUUCGAGACAUCAUCACCCGUGUCGGGUUACCCAGGCGGUGCCCCUGGCUCGGAAAAUCGCAGCUCAUCACAACCACGCUUCGGCAACCCGUCGAACGCCAAUCUGCCUACCAAUCCCAAUGGCGACGAGGUUCCCCAACCGACUGAAUACCCAUACCGGGCGAAAGCAAUCUAUUCUUAUGAUGCAAAUCCGGAGGACGCCAACGAGAUCAGCUUCAGCAAGCAUGAGAUAUUAGAAGUGUCGGAUGUUAGCGGCAGGUGGUGGCAGGCCAGGAAAUCCAAUGGAGAUACCGGUAUUGCUCCAUCAAACUAUUUGAUCCUACUGUGA